AAACAAAAAUCUCUUGUUUGUUAAAUGGGAUUGGGAAUAAAGAAGGGAAUGUGAUUGAGAAUAAAUGGGGUGAAUUCCCACCAAUUGAGGGUAGGUAAUAAAUGGAUGAGAAUGAAAAUAAGUAGAAAAUGACAUUUUUGCCAUUAAUAAAAAGAAGGAAGGAGAAAAAUUAGUAAGGGUAAUUUUGUAUUUUUGUUAUUUAUUCCCUCAUCUAUUCUCAUCCACCACACAAACAAAAUAUUAUCGUAUUUUUAUAUAUUCCCAACAAUCAAUUUUCAAUCUCAUUCCCACAUUUUAAUUCCCAAACUCCCAUCUCGCGUUUUAAACCGCCCAUCCGUAGUUGUUCUUAUACUCCAUUUCUUCAUACUAAUCAGCAUUUGAGAAUUCAGAAAUCAAGGAGAGAUGAGUGGACAUGGGCAGGUCGUGUGUGUGACAGGAGCAGCUGGCUUCAUCGCUUCAUGGAUUGUCAAACUCUUGCUUCAUCGUGGUUAUACUGUCCAUGCCACUGUUCGUAACCCAAAUGAUCAGACAAAGGUUGAACAUUUGUUGGGGUUAGAAGGUGCAAAAGAAAGACUUCAUCUUUUUAAAGCAAAUUUAAUUGAAGAGGGUUCUUUUGAUUCUGCUAUUUCUGGGUGUCAUGGUGUUUUUCAUACUGCUUCUCCUGUUCUUUUCGCUGUUACUGAUCCUCAGGCUGAUGUGCUUGAUCCAGCAAUCAAGGGAACACUCAACGUUCUUGCCUCUUGUAAAAAGUUUUCUUCCGUCAGAAGAAUGGUUUUGACUUCUUCAAUUGCUGCAGUUUUAUUCACUGGAAAACCUCGAGCUCCUGAGGUUGUUGUCGAUGAAAGUUGGUUUUCUGAUCCAGAGUUUUGCAAGGAAUCAAGUAUGAUGUGGUAUACAAUAUCCAAGACUUUGGCUGAAGGUACUGCCUGGAAAUUUGCCAAAGAGAAUGGUAUCGACAUGGUUUCGAUGAACCCAGGCAUGGUAAUAGGUCCUAUGUUGCAACUAACACUUAACUCAUCUGUAGCUCCAAUUCUGAACUUAAUCAAUGGGGCAAAAACUUAUCCAAAUGCGACCUAUGGUUAUGUCCAUGUUAAGGAUGUGGCAACUGCACAUAUCUUAGCAUUUGAGAUCCCUUCAGCUUCUGGGAGGUAUGUUUUGGUCGAAACUGUUGCUCAUUAUUCCGAGGUCGUGAGGAUUUUACAAGAACUUUAUCCCUCACUCUCACUUCCGGAUAAGUGUGCAGACGACAAGCCUUUUGGACCAACAUACCAGGUUUCCAAAGAGAAAGUAAAAAGUUUGGGCAUAGACUAUAUUCCCUUUAAAGAAACCCUUAAAGAGACAGUUGAAAACUUGAAGGAGAAGGGCUCUUCAAGAUUUGAGUGGCAGUAGGGGGUUAAUUCCUUACACUGUAUACUGAAAAUUGUUAUUGAUAAAUAAAUGUUUAUAAGGAUCCAUUUGGUUUGAAGUAAAACAUUUUCAAUGAAAAAUGAUUGUUCAUAAAAACCAUAUACUUAAGGAAACCAAUAGUUGCAAAUUAGUUUUCCUUUAUUUGAUUCUUUACAACAAAAGUUAUAGAAAAAUUGAAAAUAUGAAUGGAAAGGUGUGGAUGGAUGGAAGAAAAGUAAAAAGAGGUAAGGAGGGAGGAAAAUGUGGCUUUCCUCUCUAUAUAUAUUUUUUAAAGGAAAAGGUUUUUUACCAUUGAAAAUUAAAAUGUAUAAUUUUCCACUCUUGAGAAAAUUGUUUUUCAUCCCUUUAUAAACCUUUUUUUUUUUUUAAUUUUUAUUUUUUUAAUUUUUAUUUUAUAUCCCUUCACAAACCUAGCAAAGGCAAAUAAGCAAAAAUGGGAAAAUCAUUUUUCGUGAAAAUAGUUUACAUCAAACCAAACACAUCCUAAGAGGUGAAUUUCUGUCUUAAUUUGAGUCUGUAUUGGUUUGGAUUGUUAAAUUCUGCUGAACUUCUGUCUUGUAUUUGUAUCAGUGACGAAUUCUGACAAUAUUGAAAUAAUUGGCAUGCUUGUGCUUCUGUUGCCUUGUUU